UCCAGCCGCAGCGAUGUGGACGUGCUCUGCGGGUCCGGCACCAAAUCAGGGCGAUCAGCCCAUGGGAACAGCCACGGUUGCCUCAACAGAGGACAAGGACCUUCUUCACUGAGACGGAGACAGAGACGGAGACACAGAGAGAAUGGAGGAGGAGGGAGAGAAGAGGACGGUGUGCGUGACUGGAGCGGGAGGGUACGUAGGGUCAUGGCUGGUGAAGCUCCUCCUCUCUAAGGACUUCAUCGUCCACGGAACCGUUAGAGAUCCAAGUGAUGGAAAGAAUGCCCAUUUGCAGAAGUUGGAGAAGGCCUCAGACAACCUGCAACUCUUUAAGGCGGAUAUGCUCAACUACGAUGAUGUGGCAUCAGCAAUUGCAGGAUGUGAAGGAGUAUUCCAUGUUGCCAGCCCUGUUAUUUCAACCAAAGUGCCUGAUCCAGAGGUACAAAUUAUUGCUCCUGCUGUAACAGGCACUCUGAAUGUGCUCAAGGCAUGCUCUGAGGCAAAUGUCAAAAGAGUGGUUGUGGUGUCAUCAACUGCUGCCGUCAUAAUGAAUCCAAACUGGCCUCAAGAUAAGGUCAAGGAUGAGGAUUGCUGGUCAGACAAAGAGCACUGCAGAAAAAUUGAGAACUGGUAUUUCCUUUCGAAGACACUAGCAGAAAGUGAGGCGUUGGAGUAUGCCGAAAAACAUGGACUUGAUGUUGUAACUGUUUGCCCUUGUAUGAUCAUUGGACCGUCGCUGCAGUCCACGGUGAAUGCUAGCACCUUGUUUGUCAGCAAUCUUUUGAAAGAAGGUCGUGAAUCACUGGAGAAUAAAGCCUGGCACCUUGUAGAUGUUCGAGAUGUAGCUGAUGCGCUUCUUCUAGUAUAUGAGAAGCCAGAAGCAACUGGACGCUACAUUUGUGCACCUUAUUGUAUAAAAACUUGUGAUAUGGUGGACAUGCUAAAGAGCAUUUAUCCCAACCACAGUUACCCUAAGAAUUUUGUUGAGGUAGAAGAUGACGCUGGAAUGAGUUCAGAGAAGUUGCAGAUGUUAGGAUGGACAUGCAGGACACUUAAAGAGAGCCUUAUGGAUAGUUUUGAAUACUAUGUAGAUGCUGGUCUUCUAAACAAGGACUAUUAGACAACUCUCUAUUAGGAAGUUUUAUUUAUGUAUUUAUUUAUUUAUUUUGAAUAUUCUCAAGAGCAUGUUUAAUGGUACCACCAUGGGAGCUGUUUUUGAAACUAUGCCAAUGCUCAUCUAUUAAGGUCCUUCAGAAAGCC